AUGCCGGCGGUGAAGCGAAUCGUGGAGGGCGUCUCGGGCGUGCCGGCGAACGCGCAGCGGUUGCUGUGUCGAGGACGCGUGCUCGCGGACGAAGCGUCGAUGGAGAGCGCGCGAGUGGAGGAUGGAGACACGCUGCUGCUGGUGACGCGAGCGCCGGAGACGGAGGCGAAUCCGAAUUUGGCGAGGGAUCCGCACGCGCCGGAAAACGCGGAAGCUCGCGGAAACGGACGAGGCGAGGGGACGAUCGGGGACUUGUCGCAGAUGAUAACGUCGUUACUCACGGCGAAUCCAGCGAUGUUAGGGGCGGUAGGACCGGCGGGGGGGGCGGUGACCGUGGAGUUUAGCAUCGGCGGACCGCCGAUGGGGGGCGGGGGGGCGCGAGCUCCGGCGGCGGGUCAACGCCGCGAAGAGCGGGCGGCGGGCCGGGGUGGGCGUGGACAACCCACGAACGCCACGGCGACGACGGCGGUGCAGCAAAACACGCCCGAAGAGACCUUGCGUAGAUAUCUGCAGAACGUUUUACGGUUGUUGCGCGGUUUACAAGUGCGCUCGACGCCGUUGUCCACGCCGGGUGAUGGAAACUCGGUCGCGAGCGAGGACGCAUCUCGGACGAUAGAGCAGCGUCCCAUACAUUUUGGCGUGCAAUGCGAUGCGUGUGAGGUUAUUCCCGUCCGAGGGACGCGGUACAAGAGCGUGGCUCACGACGAUUACGAUCUGUGCGAGCGUUGUUUCUUCGCUGGUCGAGGCGCCGCGUGCGGACCGUACGCGAAGCUCGACUUGCCGUUGCCGGCUGGUUUACCCCCAGUCGUUCAAAACGACGAUGAAACGGACAUGAAUCAAGGCACAACACGUGAACAACGCAGUGAAGCCGAUGUGGAUACUCUCGGUGGCAUGUUGAGCACGGCGGGAGAGAUCGCUCGUCAAGCCGCACCGCUCAUCGAUGUCGUCGCGGCGAGAUUCGCUCGAGACAGUAGGCAAAACACAGUCGAGACGCAGGCCGCGAACUUGCAAGUCGCCAGUCUAAUGCAUUCAGUCGGCGCGCUUUGGUGUGAGCUCGCGCGAUGCAUGGCUGUCGUGCCACCGCCUCCAGGCGUCAUGACACCACAGGGUGCCGCGAUCGCCGGCGACGACAUCAACAACGCCCAAAGUUUUUUUAGCUAUCCGCAGGUAUCUUACAUCGCUAAUUCAGGUGAGUUUCCGCACACUCGACCGCCUGGGAUGCCAUUGCAUACCCAAGACGGCCUUUUUGUGCAAGGAAACCCUCAAGCUCAGGCUGUGAGACCUGUAGGCGUCAUGCAUGUCAUGCACCAGGUGCAUGGAUUGCAGCAAGGCUUGGAAGGUUUGCCGCCAGAGCUUCGCGAACUGCUGAUGCGUCAGGCGGCGCAAGCUACACCAGCGCCAGGUACUAAUCCUGCCGCCUCUGCCGCUACGACUGAGGCGCAGCAACCGCCGCCGCCUUCUCAAAUGGUCAACCCGCACGGUCGUCGGCAAGCGCAAGCGCAGUCUUCACAGAGAGCGUUGAGUCGAUUUUUGGGAUCUGUACUUAGGGCAAUUCCGAGUCCGAGCUUCAUGACGUCGCAAGCUGAUCACACCAUCGACGCGACGACACAAAGCGGCGGUAUUCAAAUCCCUACCGUCCCCGCGCAUCGGGAUUCAACGACUCUCGCGCAUGAUUUGAACUCUGCGGUGACGGGCGCGGCGGGUCAACGCCCUCCAGUGGCGCCGAGUCAACCCGUCGGCACGGUCCCAACGAGCGCGACGAGCGCAAACGACAGCAUUUCUCGCUCUGGACAAAACGAAACGCCGAAUCGCGCUCGAACGCGUGGUGAUUCCAAGGAGGAGGACGCCAAUGGGCGCGCGGCAAAGGCGUCCAACACUGGGAACGGCAUGUCUCCCGCCGCGAGCGCCGCUCACCUCGCGAGAGAUCAAGCGACGAAAUCGAACUUAGGAGCGAGCACUUCGCACGUCACUCGAAAUGAGGAAGACGACAAAGAAUAAUUGAUUGAUGAUGAGUGCACC